AUGCCCCCUCUGCAGAUCACUGACAAGGACUUCUCCGAGUUCAGCACCAUAGGAAGGCAUGGAUCAGGAAUUGGCGAGUUCGCGUCCCCAAUUGGUGUUGUCCAAGUGAACCACAGCGCACUGGGCCAGUGCCUUGCUGUGACUGAUGAAUGGAACCAUCGGGUUCAGGUUGUGCCAUUCAGUGGUGAGACGGGAUAUGCAUUUGGAACAGAAGGUAGUGGUCAAGGCCAAUUUCAAUACCCAAGCGGCAUCACAGUGUACCACAACAGGUUGUUUAUUGCUGACCGGGAAAACCACCGCAUCCAGGUGAUGACCGUCGAUGGAGAGUAUAUCACUUCGUUCGGGUCUCAGGGCAGCGCGUUUGGUCAGCUGCAGAGCCCGCAACAUGUCACUACAGAUACCUAUGGCAAUGUACUAGUCACAGAUCUUGGCAAUGGACGUGUUAUGGUAAGGGAGAGCUUGUUGUCGUGUUCUUCUUUCUAA